AUGGGUUGUGGCUACUCUACCUACUCCGCGUCGGAUGAUAUCGUGUGGAAGUAUCACGGACCAAUCGACAAGCCGAUCAAGGCGAUAAAGGUGUUUCCUAAAAUACAAAAUGGACUCCUCUUUCGCGUCUUGUAUGACGGCGGCGAUCGCUGGGCGUUUUAUAAUGAUACCAAGGAAUACGAAUUUCAUAUCCGCUACUUCUUCAGUUCAGACAGCUAUAUUGAGGCGCUCCACAACGCCACGUUAACCUUACUCGAAAACGGGCAAAAGUUGGUAGAACUUAUCGUCUACCCGCUUGAGACGGAAGACUUUAUCGCAGGCUGCCCACUCCGUUAUACAAGCACAAUCGAGGGAAUUCCUUCGUCGAAUCGCUACAAGCUAGAGAAAAUACGUUCAAGACUGCGAUCCCAGAUGUAA